GUCAAUUACUUGUAUAAUUCACGACAAGUCAAUUUACGAUGAACGUCGCCAGCGUGGGACGGCCAGUUGGCUGUCUCAAGUCUGCUCUUAGACGGACAAGACUCCUGAGGACUUUCGAAAGGAGUGUUUCUUCAACAGCCGUUGAGCCUGUGCCCAAGCCGAUACCGAACGCCUUCAGCGCUGAACAACGGGCGGAUCUCACGAAGGUUAGCAAAUUUCAUAUCUACCCUCGAGUCCCGAGUAUUCGUACCACCCACCCCGAUCCCAUGCCCGCACUUCUGCAAAAGCAACUCGCGAAACUCGAUCCGACUGGCGCACGCACACGACUGUUCUCAAGGGAGCACGCCGACAGCGCUAAGGUUGGCGACGUUCUGAUGGUGACGACAAAGGGUGGAGAGCCCUUUGCCGGCGCUUUUCUACAAAUCCGACGCCGAGGCCAGGAUACAGCGAUCCAACUGCGUGGACAGAUGAUGAAGGUUGGUGUGGAGAUGUGGUUCAAGAUCUACAGCCCGACUGUGACGGGUAUCGAUAUUAUCUGGCGACGGCCCAAGAGGGCACGACGAGCACGCCUCACGUACAUGCGGAAGCCCAAGCACGACAUGGGUAGUGUGGAUCAAAUGGUGUUUGCAUGGAAGAAGGAGAGAUAUACUCUACGGUCACGAGCAAAUCAGUCUGGAAAACCCUCUGGAAGACAGCAUGCCAAGAUUCUCGGACAGAAGAAGAAAUAGACGAAAGUAUGCACGGGAUGUGGUUGUAUGAUAUAUUGUGUAUAAGAACUUAUUGAGACAUCUAUAAAUCGUUUGCUCAAA